UUCAUCACUCAAAUAUUUCUUCACACUUCUUCAUAAAUCUAUGCGCUCUUCAAAAACCCUAAACCACGAGAAUUUGCAUUCUGUUUCUUGAUCAAUCAUUCAUCAAUGGCAGUUCAAAGCUCCAUUUCCAGUAAACCACAAGAUCCGAACAACGUUUCUCGCGACCAUUUCUUCGUAUGGAGGGAGUUUGUAUGGGGAGCUGUUGCGGGUGCUUUUGGGGAAGGAAUGAUGCAUCCGGUAGAUACCAUCAAAACACGAAUACAAAGUCAAGCUAUUCUAAAUGGUGUUAAGAACCAGAAAGGCAUAUUGCAGAUGGUGCGGUCUGUCUGGAAGAUUGAUGGAUUAAGAGGCUUUUACAGGGGUGUAGUACCUGGUGUUACUGGCUCUCUUGCGACUGGUGCAACGUAUUUUGGUGUCAUAGAGUCAACUAAAAAGUGGAUUGAGGAUUCACAUCCUAGCCUUGGGGGCCAUUGGGCACAUUUCAUUGCUGGAGCUGUUGGAGAUACACUUGGUUCUGUAGUAUACGUUCCAUGCGAAGUGAUAAAGCAGCGCAUGCAAGUUCAAGGCACAAUUACAUCCUGGAGUUCUACUGCAAUGAAGAAUGGCAUUGCAAUAAAACCUGGUGCAGAAAUUUAUGAUUAUUAUAAAGGGAUGUUCCAUGCAGGCAGCUCAAUAUGCAGAACACAGGGUUUAAAGGGUUUAUAUGCAGGAUAUUUGUCUACACUGGCAAGGGAUGUACCAUUUGCUGGCUUGAUGGUUGUGUUCUAUGAAGCUUUGAAAGAUGCUACAGAGUACGGGAAGAAAAGAUGGAUAUCUAAUCCAAAUUGGCAUGUUAACAAUUCCUUUGAGGGAUUGGUUUUAGGAGGAUUGGCUGGUGGUCUCAGUGCAUAUCUCACGACACCUUUGGAUGUCGUCAAAACUAGGCUGCAAGUUCAGGGUUCAACGUUGAGGUAUAAUGGUUGGUUGGAUGCAAUUUACAACAUAUGGGCUAAGGAAGGAGUUAAGGGGAUGUUUAGGGGUAGCGUCCCCAGAAUUGCGUGGUACAUUCCUGCUUCAGCGCUUACUUUCAUGGCUGUGGAAUUUCUCAGAGAAAAUUUUAAUGAAAGAGUGCCCAAUGGUGGUUCGAUCAAUGUUGCUAGAGUAUCAGUAGAAAAGAAGAAAUCUUUGGAGGAGGCUAGUUAAAAGUUGUGGUUCAGUCUCAUUACUUCCCAUCUUGAUUUUUACAAAGAUGGGAUCAAAAUUCUUAGAUAUGCUAGCAUUAUUAGAUUCUCAUUCAACCAUGAUGUAAUAAGAAAAUUAUAGUCAAAAUACAAACUUUAACCAAGUCAAACUUGGUCUGACCCAUUUUUGAUCGUUCAGUUUAACUCAUGCAUCGAACUAGUGAAUAAUACAUAUUCUGGAAACAACUAAAGCUGAUAAGUUGUUUUAUAUAUGUACAUAUCAACUUCAGACAUCAUAUUUUCACGCAAAGUUAUUGGAGAAUAUUAUUUGGUUAUA